AUGAGUACUUCCGUAGAAACUAAGAAGCGUAAGCUUCCAAAGAAAUCCGACGAUACCGUUCAAAAAAAGAAGAAAGUUCAAUUUUCACUUAAUAAUACUGAAAAUGAAACACCAAAAAAGAUGGAUUUUGAAGCACUUUCCUCAUCUCUUAAAUCUCGUGCUAGUGAAAAACUAGCAGAAGUUGCUGCUGCUAAACGUCAAGUACGAGCUAAAACCGAUCCAGCAAUUUUAUCCAAUGUUAAACAGAUUAAAAAACAAUUAAAAACUAAACAAAAACAAAUGGAAAUAAAAAAGAGCAAGAAAAAACAUAUUAAUAUUGUUCAAGAUAAAGAAAAUACAACAUUUCGAGAACGUUUAAAAGAACGACAAAAAUUACGACGUGGUGUUCUAUUUGAUAUGGCUGAUAAAUCAAAGAAAAUCUGGGAAAUGUUACGUCGAGAUGAAACAACGAAAGAAGUUCGAGUAAAAUUAUGUGGAGAAUUAAUGAAAUUAAUUGAAGGUAAUGUUAAAUUUUUAUCAAUGGCACAUGAUACAACACGUGUACUUGAAUGUCUUGUUCAAUUUGGUAACGAACAACAAAAACAAUACAUUUUCGAUCAAAUUCAAAAGGAUAUAGCAACGAUGGCAAAAUCACUUUAUGCUCAUCAUGUUAUCAUUAAAUUUUUAACAUAUGGAACGGAUGUUCAAAGAGAUGCAAUUAAGAAAAGUCUACAUGGUCAUGUUUGUAAACUUGCACGACAUACUAUUGGUUGUCGUGUAUUGGAACUUUGUUACAAUGAUUUUUGUAAUUCAGCUGAACGUUUUCAACUUGUUCAAGAAUUUUAUGGUCGAGAAUAUACUAUUCUUAAAACAACUGAUGUAAAAAAUAUUGAAGAAUUACUUGCAAGUAAGACAGCUACAGGUCAACGAACAAAUGUACUUGAUUAUAUGCAAGAAAAUCUUAUGGCUUGUAUUCAAAAAGAUUUAUUAAGUACAUCAAUUGUUCAUCGUGUUAUGCAUGAAUAUAUACGAAAUGCUAACGAAAAAGGUCGAGAAGAAUUAAUUGAUGCCGUAAAAGAAAAAUUAAUUAAAAUGAUUCAUAGUCGUGAUGGUGCUCAUGUUGCAAUUCAUUGUUUAUGGUAUGGAUCAAAUAAAGAUCGAAAAUUAUUAAUAAAAAGUUUUAAAUCAUUUGUUGUUAAAAUUGCUAAAGAAGAACAAGGUUAUCCUGUUUUAUGGACUAUUUUUGACAUGGUUGAUGAUACAAAACUUGUCUCAAAAAUAGUUUUACAGGAAUUAAUGUCUAGCUUCGAUGAAGUCAUUAAUGAUCCAUUUGGUAAAAAAGUACUUAUGUAUUUAAUUGCACCACGUAAUACUAAACAUUUACAAUAUCAACUUAUUCAAUUAAUGAAAUCAAGUGACAAAUUAAAUACAAGUAAAAAAGAUGCUGAUAUUCGUCAACGUGAAUUAUUUGAUUUUUGCAAAUCAUAUUUUUUGGAAUUUUUUACAACAAAUAUUCUUUUCUCAUUAAAAGAUGGUUUUCAUGGUUUUAUGAUGACCGAAAUGAUAGCAAAACUUUCACCUGAAGAUGAUUUAUCUGCAUUUUAUACAGCAUUAAGUACCGUAUUAGGUGAAUCAACUGUUGAAGCACAAUCCGAAACAAAUCUUAUUGAAAAUCAAAUAGCUCAUAAUGUUUUAAGACAUUUAAUUAUAGCUGAUGGAAAAAGACAAAAAGCAAAUAAACAUAAAAAAACACUUCUUUCAACAAUAUUAUCAACAAUUUCACCUGAUACAUUACGUACAUGGAUAUUAUGUAAUCGUGGUUGUUUUCUAUUUGUCAACAUGCUUGAACAUGGUCAACCGGAUGAAUGUGAAAAAAUUCGAUCAUUUCUUGUACCAUCUGCUGUUGAAACACUCAAACGGCAAGCGUUUGCCGGUUCUAAAAUUCUUGUUGAAAAAUUGUUACCGUCUUCUUCUUAA